GAUGCCCGAGAAUUCACAUGCAGAAGUUAAAAGGCGUGUCCAUGAGUUAGACACUGCUGCAGGGAGACACACGGUCAUUUUCAUUUCAUUUGCCUCUGCUCCCUGAUGCACCAUGAAGCUGGUGGUGAUCCUUCCACUGUGUGCUCUGUUCAUCGCGCAGACAACUUCUUCUGAAAGCUGUGUGUGUGAGCUGAGCAGCUCAGAGCCAUUGUUCCCUCACGACACACUGAAAACACUGCAGGACAGCGCCUCAGACUGCAACGGGAACAUCACACCACAGAAGUCUACGGAGAUGGAGAGUCUUCUGCUCGGUCUGGAGCGGCGUCUUCCUCAGCUGGAGGAGGACGUAUUGACGCUGGAGAAGGAGAACGACGGGGACAUGUACGGCGCUCUCAGCCUGCACGUCAUAAAGAAUGAAAUCGUAGAGAUUAUGCAGAUGAUUGACAAACUCAACAGCACCGCCAUGAGAUACAAGACACUCUCUGCCGACACCAGCGAAAAGCUGCAGGAGUUGAAGACAGAGAUGCAGGAGCUGGAGGCGUUCGACACCCUGCAAGUGGUGAAGAGGCAACAAGCCAACCAGCGUCUGAAGAGAGACCUGGACCAGUGCAAGAAUGGACUUCACCCCACCAUCCCACCCACCAAAGAUCCACAGAGCAGCUGCCCUCACGGUCGGUUUAUGAACGUCUCCGGGCCGAGGGUCUACACUGCCGGAGAGUAUCCGGGCUCCUACAAGUUCGGAGCCUGGGGUCGGGACCCCAAACCGGAGCCUGGGAAAGAGAGCUGGUACUGGCUGGUGAUGUUGACGUCCAGCAACGUAUUCUCCAACUAUGUGCGACUGUACUCCAGCCAGAGCUCGCUCAUCGUCGGCGUGAGCGUCCCAGGAAACAUCCUGAUCCACACCUCUAACCCAACCACCAACACGGUCCAGGGUCCGAAUGUCGUCCUGUACGGAGGAGCCUUGUACUACAACUGCUACAACCAGGACUCUGUUUGUCAAUUCAACCUCACCACCAAAACUGUUACCACCCUGAAACUACCCAAAGGCACCAGGUACAACUCGAAAGGAAACUUCUGCAACGUGGAUGAAUGUUACCCGUACACUGACCUGGACCUGGCCACAGAUGAGUCCGGCGUCUGGGUGGUCUACACAACCACCCAGGACUUUGGCAACAUGGUUUUGUCCAAGGUGGAGGAGGGUCAGCCCCCGACGCUCGGCCAAACCUGGCGAACCUCGGUUUACAAGCAGGGGGUGAGCAACACCUUCAUGGCCUGCGGCAUCCUCUACGCAACACGCUACGUCAGCAAAGACGUGGAGGAGAUCUUUUACUCCUUCAACCCUGCCACAGGGAGGGAGAGGUUCAACCUUGGCAUCUUCAUCAAUAAAAUGGCCCCCAAAAUCUAUUCCCUGAACUACAGCCCUGUGGACCAGAUGCUUCACGCCUACUGUGAGUCCUACAUGGUCUCCUACAAGGUCCAGUUUGAGCCAAUUGAUAAUUUUUAUCCUGUGUUUGUAUAGUAGCUCCAGUCAUAGCAGCGGUGGCAAAAUAAAUAAAUACAAAUAAAUAAUAAUAAUUUGAUUGAUUUAAGAUGGAAGCUCUCUCUCUCAUUGGCGUGUGACACUUCUUGAAAUGAUCUGUCUGGAAAUUUCUACAGCCUAAAUCCAUAAUGCAAACGAGAGAAUGUAUUAUGUGGCAUUCAGCAGCAGAGGAAAUCCAAACCAGAACUGCAAGAUGAUUUAAAUGAAUAUAUUUUGUCAUAGCUUACCUUGUCAAGUUCCUGAUAUUAACUGUAUCAUGUGUUAAUGGCUAUCGACUGUUUAUCUUUGAAUGUUGAGGCCUGAAAAGAAAAAUCAAGUCAAAAAAUAAAUAAAGAGCAGCAGGAAACAUC